AUGUUCGUCAACGCACAAGGCGUCUUCCUCUGCUACAAACACGGCAGCUUGAAGAUGAUCGAGCAAGGUCGCGGCGGACGAAUCAUCGGCGCGUGCUCUAUGGCUGGUAAAGUCGGAGAUAGGACGGGGUUCGUCUACUCGGCCAGCAAGUUUGCCGUUCGAGGGAUGACGCAAGCAGCCGCUCUUGAACUGGCAAAGCACAACAUCACCGUGAACGCAUACGCGCCAAGCGCUGUCGACACAGAGAUGACUCGCAAAGCCUUCGAAGAAGCCGGAAAGACUACGGAUGAGGCUACACCCCUCGGGAGAAUCGGCACACCGGACGAUAUAGCGGGGUUAGUCUCGUAUCUUGCAUCUGAGGAUGCCGGGUUCAUCACUGGUCAAUCCAUCGGUGUCAAUGGUGGUUUGCACUUCGACUAG